CUCACAUCCUCCUCGCCUGUUGUGCUCGUGUGUUCCUGCUGAGCUACGAACCUCACCACCACCACAACCUUCCACUGCUGAGCUCGCCCUGCCGUCAUGGAGCUGAUCGAAGACUCCAACCUGCAACUGGGACCGCCGUCUGUGUCCGUCGUCUUCGACGAAGCCCCCCAGACGAAGUCCCUCACCGAGAUCUCCGACGACGAGGUCAACCUGCCGCCCUCGGACGACGAAGCCAGCCUGGCCAACGCCGUGGCUGCGGCCGACAUCAGCAAGGACAGCGAGAAAGACGUGGACGAGGGGAAGGACGCCGCCGGCGCCGACGGCUCGGUGAACGGCGUGAUGGUGCUGACGCUCCUGGACAAGAUCAUCGGCGCCGUGGACCAGAUCCAGCAGACGCAGGCCGGCCUGGAGACGCGGCAGCAGGACAUGGAGCGCUCGGUCUCGGGCAUCCAGGGCGAGCUCACCAAGCUGGCCAAGAGCCACACGACCACCGCCAACUCCGUCAACAAGAUGCUGGAGAAGGUGCGCAAGGUGAGCGUCAACGUCAAGACGGUGCGCGGGAGCCUGGAGAAGCAGGCGGGGCAGAUCAAGCGGCUGGAGAGCAACGAGGCCGAGCUGCUCAAGAGGAGGAACUUCAAGGUCAUGAUCUACCAGGACGAGGUCAAGGUACCCUCCAAGGUGACCUUGGGUAAGUCCAUGAAGGUCGCGGAGUCUGUGGAGGGCGGCCUAGACGUAGUAGCGGAGGUCAAAGGUCCCCUGGAGGAGGCCACCGCGGAGGACGGAGGAGCCGGCGAGAAGGUCCACAUCGACCUCUCCUCGGACGAGGAGGAGGUGGAGAUCGAGGAGACGGUGGAGGAGACGCGGGCCGAGAAGAUCAAGCGCAGCAGCUUGCAGCGCGUGCAGAACAUCAAGUCGGUUUUCUCCAAGGAGAAGAUGGACAAGAACAAGCAGAAGACCAAAGACAGCCUGGAGAAGACCAAACAGAACAUGGAGAAGACCAGACAGAAGACAAAAGACAACCUGGAGAAGACACGCAUGAAGACCAAGGAGAGCUUUGACAAGACCAAACAGAAAACCAAAGAGAGCAUGGAAAAGACGCGCCUGAAGACCAAAGAGAACCUGGAAAAGACCCGCCUGAACAUCGAGAAGAAGAUGGGCAAGCUCAGCACGCGCAUGUCCGUCAACCAGGAGCGCAAGGUGAAGAUGGAGACGUCCAAGAACAAGCUGAAGAAGUCCUUCACGCCCGAUCACCCCAUCUACGCACGCGCCGUCACCGCCGUCUACAAGGUGCCGCCGUUCACCUUCCACGUCAAGAAGAUCCGCGACGGCGAGGUGGAGAUCCACCAGCAGGGCACGGAGAUGGUGGAGGUGUCCGGAGAGAUCGAGGACCACGAGCACGAGCACACGCUGGACGGCGAGCUGGAGGACGGAGAGCUGGCCGGCGACGACGUGGACGUGGGCGAGAUGCUGACCGAGGACAGCCCCGAGAUGAUGCAGGCGCUCAUGGAGAUGGCAGAGGACUCGGAGCUGGUGCUCGCCGACCACGACCUGGACCGGGACAGUGACUAAGCUGAAAUGACUAACUAAGGGGCGGGCGGACGGACGGACGGACCAUUGGGGGAGGAAGAGGAGGAGUAGGAAGAGGAGGAGGAAGAGCCAUACAGAGGGGGAGAUGAUGAUGAUGAUGAUGAUGAUGAUGAUGAUGAUGAUGAUGAUGAAUCAGGGCUCUAAAUUAACAAAAGCCAACCGGCCAAAUGCUGGUGAAGAAUUCAGUUUGGCUAGUAGAAAACAAAACGUACUAGCCAUUUUUCCUGGUAGUGAGUGUAUGUGUGGCUACUAGUGAGAUUAGCUACUAGACAAAUUGUCUAGUGAAAAAAAAAGUUACUUUAUAGCCCUGAUGAUGAUGAUGAUGAUGGGUAGAUGUGAGGGCCAAUGGCGGACAGCGACUAGUUA